UUGCGCGAAGCUAAACUUUGGCGCCAAAUCUUUAAAACACUGGAGGAGACAGCAGAAAGACAACCAGAAACAUGGCUUUAAACAUUGAAGAAGUCCGGUGAUUUUCACAGAUAAUUAACGUUAGAUAGCGGUAUCAGGGAACAACAGUCUCCUCGUAGUGGAGAUGUAGAGUCGUUUAAAACCAAACAAAAACAGACCUCUGGUAGACACGCUGGCCGUAGGGAAGAGGGAGCUCAUAAACACACCUGUGGUGGUUUACUCUGUCACCAUGAACAGGACCAAACUGAAGAAAACAAAGGCACCGGACCUGUCCGGGCAGAAGAACAUCUCGUCCUUCUUUUCCUCUCAAAACCACCAGAAGGCCUUGUCGGCUUCUACAAAAUUCACUGUCCCUGCACUUGCCAGGAUUGAACCUCUGAUCAAAGAUGGUGAAACCUUCACAUUCAGACCCCAUUCCCCCUUAAAGAGGAGUAUCCUCGGGGACCUUGAAAACCUCCUGCCCACUUCGCCUGAUCUUCUCUUCGUGCCUGAGACCCCCAGCAGUCAGAUCAGACCUUCUUGCCAUUCUUCUUCCAGACAUCCAGGUCAACUGAGCCCCAAGCCAAGCAGAGAGGUGGAGAGCCUGGAGAUGCACCUGUCCCCCAUCUGUCGUAGUCCCCGCUCCAAAGGGCAGAGUGCACGGAGAGUUAUGAAUGAGGAGGGAGGAAAAACCAAGUGGCAAGAGGGAUGUUCUAGCUCCGUAAAAAGAAUCAUUAGCCCUCCUCAAGAGUCUCACAACGCCAAGAGACCAAGAAAUGUCAAUAUACAGGCACAAAGAUCUGCACUCAGCACCACAGGUAGCAACCUGAAUGUAAGCUUGAAGACACCUCAUUUUUCAUGUGAUCAGUCAGAGGGUCCGUCUGAGAGGUCAGAGGGUCACAGCAGAGGUACUGAAGUGGUCUUCAAUGACAACAAAAACUCUCUUGGGGAACAGAGAAAACAUCAGAAUGAGAUAAAUGAAUAUGAGAAAGAUUCUGGUUUUACUGUGAUAACAGGGCAAAAAGCAACUGAGGUGAAGGACACUCACGGUCUUACUGCUCACAUUCACAAACUUAGUGCUCAAACUAUCAUACCUGCACCACAGAGAAGUGCAAAGGGGGGAGAUAUUGACUUUAACAAGGCCGCAGCUACAGUAACAGCAAUGACCUCAUCAAAUGAAGACAGAGACAAUGUGACGUCGGAUCAGGACCCAGCUGGAGAAAAAACAGGAAUUAUGUCAUCGUGUCCUGUGGAGGAGAUGUUGGACGAGAGCUGGUUUGCAGAGCAGAUGGAUCAUAAUGAAGGUCCUGUCAAAGAUGAUAAACCAAAGAAACCCCGUAAGGUGCCAGACCAUGUGAUCCUUUCUGGAGGCCUGAACAACCGCUACUGGGUUUUAAAUGUGGAGGAGAGGCCGGGCCUCAAAACACUGACCAUCUCAUGCUCCAAGUCUCUACAUCCAACUGAAACGUGUCUGUUGAAAGAUGGAUGGGAGAUGACGCCUGUUUGUUGUGGUGAUGUGGUGCAUCUAGAGAACUGCUCUAAUGGUGGAUCCUGGGUAGUGGACAGGGAGCGAGGCUUCCUGGUUUUACUACCUGAUAGUCUUAUCUCAGGUACCAGCAUCUCUAACUCCAUCCGCUGCAUGAGGCGCGCAGUGCUCUCAGAUAUGUUCAAGAGUUUUGAUGGUGGCUCGAAGCAAAUGUUGAACGGCACCAUGGUCCAUGAAGUCUUCCAGAGAGCAGCUACAGCUAAAGAUUUUUCAUUGGAGACAAUGUCUAAGAUGGCUGACCAAGCCCUGUGCCGUCCUCGGUACCUGGGAGACAUGUACAGUUUGGGUGUAAGCCAGGAAGAGAUGAAGCAGGAACUGCAGGAUUAUCUGCCUUCAUUGGAACAUUGGGCAAAGGAAUACCUGAGCUUCUCAACACCAAAAACCAUCAAUCUAAAAACCAACAGCAGAGCUCCGAGCAGAGGUCAGGACUCGGCAACUGUUGUCACGGUAGCAGAGCUGACCGAUAUAGAAGAGAACGUGUGGUCACCCAGAUUUGGUCUGAAAGGGAAAAUCGAUGUAACAGCGCGGGUUCGUAUUCAAAAACCACGAAGCGGUAGUCACAGAACGUCUGAGGAGAGGACUGUACCCCUGGAGCUAAAAACUGGAAAGGAGUCAAACUCGAUAGAACAUCGCAGUCAGGUGAUUCUUUACACCCUGAUGAGCUUGGAGAGAUACAAUUCUGAAGCUGGCUUAUUGCUUUACCUCAAGACUGGCAACAUGCACCCUGUAGUGGCCAGCCACAUGGACCGCAGAGAGCUGCUGAAGCUGAGGAACACCUUGGUUCAUCACAUUCACAACUGCGUGGAGAAAGAGGCCAAGAGGAGCCGUUUGUCUAAACUUCCUGACAUCCUGACGGACAGACAAACCUGCCAGUAUUGUCCUCAGAAGAGAAACUGUGCUUUAUAUGAACGGGCACUCGAUAGCAGCUCUACAGAUGUCUACGAGGAUGUUGUGCAGGACUUUCUACAGCAGGAGACAGGUCACCUGAUCCCACAACAUCUAAGCUAUUUUUCUCAUUGGCUGCUGCUCUGCAGCCUUGAGGCUACCAACAUGGAGGCCAAGAAUGGCCGAAAGCGUGUGUGGCUUCAAACGGCUGAGGAGAGUGAGAAGAAUGGGAGCUGUGUGGGAAACGUGCAGCUCAGUGGCCCAGUAACCGUGCAGUCUGAAGGGGUUUUCCUCCAUCGUUUCCAGCGAAGCAGCAAGGUGCCACAGGAAGGUUUGGCCAGCAGCGGUUUGGCCAGCGGGGAACGCAUAGUUGUUAGCGACCAGGAAGGUCGACUGGUUGGUUUGGCAACAGGAUACCUGUGUGAGGUCAGCAGGACAUCGAUCAGCUGCACUCUGGACAGAGACCUGUCCAAGUUCAGUGACGUGUUGUUUCGAUUGGACGGUGAUGAAGGUGUGGUGGGCCUCAGCACUCACCUCACCAAUCUCUCCAGACUGAUGGAAAACUGUCAGGAGAGUGACCGUCUGCGGGAGCUGGUUGUUGACCUUCGUCCUCCAGAGUUUAUUUACAACCUCAGUUCUGUUCUGCCAAGAGAGGCCAAGGACACCGUGGCCAAUAUCCUCAAAGGUCUCAACAAACCCCAGAAGCAGGCCAUGAAGAAGGUGUUGUUAUCUAAAGACUACACACUGAUUGUUGGCAUGCCAGGCACGGGAAAAACCACAACCAUCUGCACCCUGGUUCGCAUCCUUCAUGCAUGUGGGUUCAGUGUGUUGCUGACCAGCUACACCCACUCUGCUGUUGACAACAUCCUUCUGAAGCUAAAGCGCUUCCGGGUUGGGUUUCUGCGUCUUGGGCAGGGGCAGAAGGUUCAUCCAGACAUCCUGCCUUACACAGAGGACAGUGCGAGAAAGACGGGAGUUCACACUCUGUCAGAGUUGGAGCAGCUUUAUAACAAGGAGCUGGUAGUGGCAACCACCUGUAUGGGCACCAAGCAUCCCAUUUUCACACGUCGCCGGUUUGAUUUCUGCAUCAUAGACGAAGCUUCACAGAUCAGCCAGCCUAUCUGUCUGGGACCCCUGUUCUAUGCCAAGAGAUUUGUCCUGGUGGGGGAUCACCAACAGCUGCCACCAAUAGUACAAAAUCAGGAGGCAAGGUCACUUGGGAUGGACGAAAGUCUUUUUAAACGACUAGAGCUCCAUAGUGAAGCAGUGGUCCAACUCAACGUACAGUACCGGAUGAAUAGGCAGAUAAUGUCUCUCAGUAACUCCCUGAUGUAUGAGGGCCGGCUGGAGUGUGGAUCAGAGAGGACGGCCACGGGCCUGCUCACCCUGCCCUUCCUGCUCUCUGUCCAGUCGGAGCUUAGUUCCUACUCCAAGUCUCAUCCACAGCACGACCUAUCCUGGAUUAAUGCCACAUUGUUGCCUAGCAGCCCUGUUUGUCUCCUAGAUUGCUCCAUGGUGCCAGCACUGGAGUCUGUGGAGCAGGGAGGCGUUAGCAAUCACACCGAGGCUGCUCUCAUACACAAGUUGCUUUCACUGCUAAUAAAGGCAGGGUGUAAGCCCAGUGAUAUAGGUGUUAUCGCCCCCUACAGGCAGCAGUUAAAGAGUAUCUCUGCUCUGCUGCAGUCCACUGCUUUCACCGGUGUGGAGGUGAAUACAGUGGACAGAUACCAAGGACGGGACAAAAGUCUGAUCGUUUUUUCUUUUGUCCGGAGCAGUGCAGAGGAAGGAAACUUAGGAGAGCUGUUGAAGGACUGGCGUCGCCUGAAUGUAGCCAUUACCAGGGCUAAACACAAGCUGCUGAUGGUGGGGUCGGUCACAACGCUACGACGCUACGCACCUGUGGAGAAACUACUCAACCAUCUGCAGCAAGGGAACAUGAUUAUCCAGCUCCCCCCAGCUGCCCACAAGGCCUUACCAAGCAUGUCCCUGUGAUAGAAGUCUAUGGAGCCAUGGUGGGGUUUCAGGUCACCUGUCGGCCAGUAGCUGUGGUUCACCUCAUCAGGGCAGAGAUCUUAUGCAAAUCUGCCAACUGCACUGAAUGAUCUGAAGGGGUGUGUUCAAAAGUAAUUGCUGUCCUGUCCAUCUUUGAAAAAAUAAUAUUGCUUAAAGUAUCUCAGUGGCAUUUGCAGCCUACAGUCAUUGCCUGUCACCUAAUGUUACAGCCCCACCUCUCAUUAUUUUGUGUCCCUCCUAACAAGGAUCUGAUGGUCUGUAGAUGGAGAUACAGAUUACACUAUUCACCACCAUAGAAAUGACACCUAAAGAACCUGAGGGCUUUUAAGGGGAUACUGUCUCUGAUCUGUACCACACUAGUUAAAUGUGUUCAUAAUAGACUGAUUUUACAUUGCCACAUAUUUUUUUAAUAUUUGUAAUGUGAAUAUGUAGACCAAACCUCUUAUAGUUCAUGUCACUCAGCUACAACAGUCGAAUAAGCUCAGGAAGGUCUACCAGUCAGCUGAAACAGUCUUAAAGAUGAAACCUUUAGACUUUAAGCUGAAUAGUGAAGCUACAUCACACUUUUACAAUAAAUAUACCUUUUUAUUUAGUUUUAAAGGACCAAAUCAAUAUAUUUUGUUUCAGCUCAAACCUCAAGUCCAUUUAUAGAAGAUGAGUUGAUUGCUGUAGUUUGUAAUUUGUUGUUUACUGGCUCAACUGUACAUUACUGGACUUCAUACAUACUUGAAAUAUAUAGGUUGAUGCAAUAUAGAAGUAUUGCAUCAACAGUACUCUGAUUUAAUCUGUGAAUGGACCACACUGAACUACAACAGUACAGCACUGAACUUCAAACUGGUAUAUAAAUAAUUAGUUUCUCUUUAAUAAUCAGUUAACAACAUUAUAUUGUUGGUAACAGAAAAGCAAAACCAAGUUUUUGUUUGUCACUUCCUGUUGCGUACAACAGAAUCCGAGCAUACCUAAAGCUGUACGGAAAUAGAAUGAUUAUAAAGGAAGCUGCCUGGUAUCAUGGUAACCAUUUAAAACUCAAGGAAUAUCUGGGAAACAACAAUUUAGGAGGAUAUAUUCUGCUAUUGUUAUUUAAUGCUAAUGAUCUGUGAUAAUUUAACUGGUGAUUAAGUUUUUAAUUACUAGAGCACGUUGUAAAACCGACACAACCUCUGAUUUUACAUGUUUUGGGUCUGUAUUUUGUUAAUACUGUGAUUUUUGCUUUUACGUUCUGAGAAUAAAUAAAACAAAUA